AUGACCCAGCUGAGGGGCUAUAAUGUCAUUUACCCUCCUCCUAUUACUGGAGGGAAGUUGAUCAGUAGACUCUUCGAUGUCUUCAGUCACUUGUUUUACAAACCAGAGCUUCAGUUGGGCAAAUCACAAUUAGGGCAAAACACGAUCACCAUUACGGCAAUGCAGAAGACCAUUAGGGCAAAGCACCAAGAUGAUACAUCUUAUUAUACAACAGUCACAAUGGAGAAUCAUCAGGUUAAUGGUGAUGUCUCAAUUGAUAAAGGGAAAAGGGUAGUAUCAGAGUCUGAUGCAUCAGACAGUGAAUACGAACCUGAUUGUGAAUCUAGUGAAUUGGUGACCGAAAGAGGGUGUACCGGAGUACAAUCUCAGGAGGACAUUGGCCAAGCUAGUGUCACCGAAAAGCAGCAUAGGCAAACCCCUAUAGGCGUUGUUGAAGGCAGGGUGCCAUGGGCACCACUGGUUAGAGGUCGAACGGAAUACAAGGGAGGCACUGAAGGCGAGGCUACGGGCAUCAUGGGCGUCGUUGAGCAUGGUGGAGGCAUUGAUGGCAUCGGCGGGCAAGCCCCCAUAGGCACUUUUGAGGCGUUACGAGUGCCCUCUAUCAAGGCACCAUGGGCAACCUCAAGCGAGGUGCCAUGGGCAACCUCAAGCGAGGCACCACAGGUGUCGUGUGGCGAGCUAGUGGGGUCCCAGUCUGGUAGGGCUGAUUGUGGAUCUAAUCCAAUGCUCCUUAGUGUUAGGCAAGAAUUGACGGUCGUGAGGGAGGCGUCAAUAGGUAAUGGGCAUAACCAGUCAACUAUGGUGGAGGAGGGCGCUAGGCAUGGAUCUUCAAGAGUGCCAGAGGAGAGCUCGCUGGGAACUUUUAGUGGUGCUAAUUUUGUGGUGACCGAAAGAGGGUGUACCGGAGUACAAUCUCAGGAGGACAUUGGCCAAGCUAGUGUCACCGAAAAGCUGCAUAGGCAAACCCCUAUAGGCGUUGUUGAAGGCAGGGUGCCAUGGGCACCACUGGUUAGAGGUCGAACUGAAUACAAGGGAGGCACUGAAGGCGAGGCUACGGGCAUCAUGGGCGUCGUUGAGCAUGGUGGAGGCACUGAUAGCAUCGGCGGGCAAGCCCCCAUAGGCACUUUUGAGGCCGGGGCGCCUGGCAUUCUUGAGCUAGGCUCUACGAGCGCCCUCUAUCAAGGCACCAUGGGCAACCUCAAGCGAGUGGGGUCCCAGUCUGGUAGGGCUGAUUGUGGAUCUAAUCCGAUGCUCCUUAGUGUUAGGCAAGAAUUGACGGUCGUGAGGGAGGCGUCGAUAGGUACUGGGCAUAACCAGUCAACUAUGGUGGAGGAGGGCGCUAGGCAUGGAUCUUCGAGAGUGCCAGAGGAGAGCUCGCUGGGAACUUUUAGUGGUGCUAAUUUUGGUAAAACGGCGGAUGAUCUGGCUCAUUCAAUGGUGACCGAAAGAGGGUGUACCGGAGUACAAUCUCAGGAGGACAUUGGCCAAGCUAGUGUCACCGAAAAGCAGCAUAGGCAAACCCCUAUAGGCGUUGUUGAAGGCAGGGUGCCAUGGGCACCACUGGUUAGAGGUCGAACGGAAUACAAGGGAGGCACUGAAGGCGAGGUGCUGCUCUAA